CAAGCGAAGUGACCAGAGUGCGAGCGAAGGCUCCGAAGUGCAUGCGCAGUCGCUGUCCCUUGUUCCCCUUGUCCGGCCGUUGGGCCCUGAGUCCGGGCGGGGCUGAAGGGGAGGCGCCUGGGCUGAGCCCACCCCGGUCUCCCUCGGGAGGUGGUUAUGUCAGCUGAGGCCACGGCAGACCAGGUCCCACCCCUGGAGAAUUGUGCCCCGCUAGUCCCAAUCCAGCAGCGACGGGAUGGCAGCGGAGGGGUAGCCGGUGUGACCUUUGAUCUCAAACCCCUUAACCCCAGCAGCAAGUAUGUCAAGCUGAACGUGGGAGGGUCACUGCAUUACACUACAGUGCAAACCCUCACCAAGCAAGACACCAUGCUCAAGGCUAUGUUCAGUGGCAGGAUGGAGGUGCUCACAGAUAGUGAAGGUUGGAUCUUGAUUGACCGAAGUGGGCGCCAUUUUGGAACCAUCCUGAACUACUUGCGCGAUGGCUCUGUGUCCCUCCCUGAAUCCCAGCGGGAGCUGGAGGAAGUGCUAUCUGAGGCCCGGUACUACUUGAUCCAAGGCUUGGUUGAGGACUGUCAGCUUGCCCUGCAGCAAAAGAGUGAGGCCUAUGAUCCCCUCUGCCAUAUCCCCAUGGUGACCUCUCCCAAGGAGGAGCAGCAGAUCAUCUCAAGCUGUUCCAAGCCUGUGGUGAAAUUGCUGCAUAACCGAAGUAAUAACAAGUAUUCAUAUACAAGUAACUCUGAUGACAACUUGCUGAAGAAUAUCGAACUGUUUGACAAGCUGGCUCUGCGGUUCAAUGGCCGAGUACUCUUCAUCAAAGAUGUUCUUGGGGAUGAAAUCUGCUGCUGGUCGUUUUAUGGGCAGGGCCGCAAGAUUGCCGAAGUCUGCUGCACCUCCAUUGUAUAUGCUACCGAGAAGAAGCAGACCAAGGUGGAGUUCCCAGAGGCACGGAUCUUUGAGGAAACCCUGAACAUCCUGAUUUACGAGACGCCACGAGUGCCAGACAAGGCCCUCCUGGAGGCAACAGGUGGGGUGGCAGGUGGAGGUGGAGGCCCCCUCCGUGCAGGUGAUGACGAAGAUGGACGGGAGCACCGUGUCCGGCGCAUACAUGUCCGUAGGCACAUCAUGCAUGAUGAACGUCCUCACGGCCACCAAGCUGUUUUCAAAGACUGAUCCCGUCUCGCUCGCAAUGUCAUUACUCCAUCCAUUUAGUGCCAAAGGAGGACCUGUUUUCUCCUUUUGAUCUUUCACCUCAAGGUCUUCUCAUUGGUGUUUGCAUCCUUUUCUAACCCCUCUCUCCCUCUAGGC